GUCAGUCGCGUCCACCCGCGACAGUCGUUCACUCGCCUCCGUCAAUCGCGCGCGAACAUGCAAAAUAUGGCGCGAAAACUCCUCUUACGCGAAAUUAAAAACUUAAAAUGGCAAAGGAAACUUUCAACUAGUGCUGUGUUCAGGAAUGAAGAUUUUAUUAUAAGGUCUACUAUUCCUGAUAUUGUUGUGCCAAAGACAAGGUUUAUUGAUCGUUUGUGGGCUGACUCGGCGGGAUAUAAAAAUCUUGUUGCACUGGAAAGCGCCGAAACUAAGAAGACCUACACUUACGCUCAGGUGGAAAAGAAUACGUCAGUCUUCGCAACUUCAUUGUUAAAGAAGUUCGGUUUGAAGCCGGGAGAUGUCGUGGCUGUUAUGUUGCCAAAUUGUCCCGAAUUCCCCGUGGUGGCGUUCGGGAGCUUCCAAGCGGGAUGCGUGUUAACAACUGUCAACCCUAUUUAUAAAGAGUUCGAACUCAAACAUCAAAUAACAAUCACAGAGCCAAAACUGUUCAUAACAAUACCAGAAUGCCACGACAUCGUUUCAAAGUCUUUGAAGGCAGCUAACAUACAAGCAAAAAUAGUUCUUGUUGACAAUCCUAACAAACCUGUUCCUGAUGGUGUUGUAAGAUAUUCUGAAGUAGCAGAAUCGGGUGAAGCUGAUUUUGGGCUUUUAGACAAGGUAGAAAGGAAAGGAGAUGAUGUGGCUUGUAUUCCAUUCUCUAGUGGAACUACUGGAUUACCUAAAGGAGUGGAGAUAACCUUUGACAAUAUACUAGCUGGUAUGGAAGUUAUGCAUCAAAAAGAAAACUGUUUUCCUCACGUAGCAAACAGUGAUUUCCAAGAUAUUCUUCCUGCAUUCCUGCCAUUCUUCCACAUUUAUGGGUUAGUGAUUGGUCUCAUGGGCCAUCUGUCCAAGGGCUGCAAACUGGUCACUAUGGCCAAAUUCUCCGCUAGCAUGUAUUUGGACAUUUUGAAGACUCAACAAACAACGCUGCUUUAUAUCGUUCCUCCUGUUGCGAUACUCCUGGGCAAGCACCCAGAUGUGAAUGAAACACACUAUCGUUCCGUCCGACAUAUCAUUUGCGGUGCUGCACCGCUAGCUGGAUCUGAUGUUGAAGCUAUUUUACAGAAGAGUAAACGACCAAUUGAAUUCAACCAAGGCUUCGGUAUGACGGAGACCACGUCGUUGGGUACAUCGACCUUUAAGGGCACUAAGAAUGUGGACUUCAACGCUUGUGGUGUACCCAUGGCGAGCGUGCAGCUCAUGUUCGCUGAUCCUAUUACUGGAAAACCGGUCCCUGUUGGACAAUCUGGAGAAAUGUACAUCAAGAGUCCUACAGUGAUGAAGGGAUACCACAAAAACCCUAAAGCAACAGAAGAAACGAUGACCAAGGACGGUUUCUUCAAGACUGGAGACAUGGGGUAUUUCAAACCUGGCGCUGGAUUAUUUAUUACUGAUAGGAUAAAGGAAUUGAUUAAGGUCAAAGGCAUGCAAGUUGCACCAGCUGAACUAGAAAGUCUAUUACGGACACACCCAGCAGUGCAAGACGCAGCUGUUAUCGGCGUACCUCAUGAAUUCUACGGAGAAGCACCAAAAGCUUUCAUCAUCAGAAAGAAUGGUCUAAAGAUCACAGAAGAAGAGCUACAAGAUUUUGUGGCGAGUAAAGUAGCAGUGUACAAAAAGAUUGAAGAAGUCAUGUUUGUUGACGAAAUCCCUAAAACGGCGUCUGGUAAGAUCUUGAGGAAAGAAUUGAAGAAGAUGUACGCGUAGUAGUGGAAGAUGUUGCUAACUUAGAUGCUUCUGGAUUGAGGACUGAAUCAGAUCUAAAAUCACUUUGUAGAUAAGACAAAGAACAUGGAUGUCUUGUUAAAAAUGAGCUGCUUAGUAAGAAAUGGUUUAACCUCUUGUCUGUCGAUAUGUGAAUAAUAGAGUGAGUAUACAAUAGAAAACAUAUUGUGUCUCUCGGAAAUCUGCGUUCAGACAGACAAGAGGUUAAACCGAAGAAUUUAGGACUUGCCGGAUUUCUUUUAUACGAAAAACAAAUCACAAGCAAGUAAAAGGAUUUUGUCAAGAAAGUUAAAGAGAUUUUAUAUUUUGGUAUAAUCCACCAGUAGAAAAGUUAGCAAUACCCCAAGUGCCUUACUUUAGAGAAUGGGACGUUUUCUGGUUACUAUGUAAUUGUUCAGUAAUUUUUGUACAGCUACAAGUUAGGUUGAGGUUAUUCAAAUACCGGCCAUAUUCGAUUGUAAAUAAAUACCAAUAUUCUUUAUCUUAAUCAUUGUUAUAGUAACAGUGGUUGCAUAGCAAAAGUGACUUCUAUUGUCUUUAUCAUUACGGUGGGUAUUUGAAUAGUCUUUUGUUGUAAAUACUUUUAUUUUGAUGAAGUUUGGAUGCUAGGAGCUUAUUAAUAUUAUUUGUUGGUUAGGUAAUGGAGUGCCUUUGAAUUUUUAUCAAUUGAACUUUGUAUGAUGCUAAUUCUGUUAAACCUCUCUUGACUAUUACUAUGUGAGAUACAAGAUCUACGUUCAAUACCAAAGGUUAAGUCAAAUUCAAAACCGCAGAAAGUGAGAACCGUUCCUUUUCCUAUCUUCCAAUGAUUGUCUUUUGAUUGAUGCGAUGGCUGAAUGGGAAAGUCAUGUGUUGGUAGGAACACGCUGGCUCGACUGUCACAAUGGCCUCCCAGAAAACCAGUCGCAUUCACCUCCCUUUAAAAGCCAGCAAUAGCUUACCUAAUUGUAACUUCUGUCGAGUUACGGGACUUACGGGUGUUCCUCUGCGGUACAUUACUUACUUAAUAUCAGGUAAUUCGUCUGCGUAUAUUCCCAAAUCGCUUGCGAAAUCUAUGACAGUUGUUAUGUCCCUGAGAUGCAUAGGAUUUCAUUGUCCCUGUUUUUUUUUAGUUGCUCGAUUACUUCAAUUUUGUAUGUGAUGAGCUCUUUUUGUUUAUCUAUUGGUUUUCAUCAUUUCGGUGUUACAAUAGAUUUAAAUUUGUUCUUACACCAGAAUUAGCAUCAUUCAGUUCUCUGUCCACUAUCACAUUGUUAUCGCAUUUACUUUGUUAAAGUUUUGGAGGAUUUAGUUUAUACAGGAUAGUUAUAAUGAGCGGUGAUUUACUUUGGGAGAUAAACCUCGAAUAACGAAAGGUUGAUAUUAAAGCUAUUUUCUGGAUUUUGGAUUAUCUGGUUACCAUAUAUUAGAUUGAAUAAAAUUGUAUAUGUUUUUGAAAAAUCGUAGGAAUUUUUUUGAUUAGAACUUUCUAGAACCUUAAUAACUAUGAUUUUGGAAGAAAUAUUUGUAUAGAGUUUAAAGAAAAAGUUUUAUUAUGUAAUCAAAUCCAGAUUAUCUUAAAUUUUUUUUUGUUAUAUUGAUCUCUUUAUGGAAAAGAUGGAGCCAAAAUAUGUCUGCGUGUCAUGUCCAUGAAAAUGUUAUUUACUUACAUUUUUGUCAAAAAUAUUCUCGUACACAAUUACAAACAUGCGCCACGUAAAUGAGUGCAUAAACUUCCUAAUUAAGAGAAUCGUUUUUAUAUUUUAGCUUAUAAGAAAUAAACUAAUUUUAUAUAA